AUGGCGAACUCGUCCCCGAUAGCUACAGCUACAGAGCGUCGAAUUCCACAGCCGAACAGCAGGGAGAUGCCGUUGAUCACGAAUGUCUCUGACUAUGAGGAGCUUGCAAGGCAGAAGCUGCCUAAAAUGGUUUAUGACUUCUAUGCCGGGGGUGCAGAAGACCAGUGGACACUCAAGGAGAAUAAGGAGGCAUUCUCCAAGAUUUUGUUUCGACCACGGGUGCUGAUUGAUGUGUCUCAUAUUGACAUGUCUACGAGUAUACUGGGUUACAAAAUUUCCAUGCCUAUUAUGGUGGCUCCCACUGCUUUGCACAAACUGGCCCACCAAGAAGGAGAGGUUGCUUCUGCCCAGGCAACAGCUGCUGCAGGAACUAUAAUGACAUUGUCUUCAUGGUCAUCUUGCAGCAUCGAGGAAGUUAACUCAAGUGCACCAGGACUUCGUUUCUUCCAACUUUCAGUAUUCAAGGACAGGGAUAUUGUGCAACAACUUGUCAGAAGGGCAGAAAAUGCUGGCUAUAAGGCAAUUGCCGUCACUGUCGAUGCUCCACGGCUUGGUUGCAGGGAAGCUGAUGUCAGGAACAGAUUCACGCUGCCUGAAAAUGUGGCAUUGAAAUGCUUUGAAGGACUGGAUCUCAGCAAAAUGGACAAGACUAAUGCUUCUGGCCUUGCUGCAUAUGUCACUAGUCAGAUUGACAGCUCUCUUUCUUGGAAGGAUAUCAAGUGGCUACAGAUGAUUACCUGGUUGCCUAUCUUAGUGAAAGGAGUCAUAACAGCAGAAGAUGCUCGACUUGCUAUUGAAUGCGGUGUUGCUGGCAUUAUUAUGUCCAACCACGGGGGCCGCCAGCUAGACUAUCUUCCUGCAACCAUCAGCUGCCUUGAAGAGGUUGUAAGAGAAGCAAAGGGCCGUGUGCCUGUGUUCCUUGACAGCGGCAUCCGCCGUGGCACUGACGUGUUCAAGGCCUUGGCACUGGGAGCCUCAGGAGUAUUUAUUGGAAGGCCUGUACUGUUCGCCCUUGCUGUGGACGGCAAGGCUGGGGUGAGGAAUGCACUGCGAAUGCUGAGGGAUGAGCUCGAGAUCACCAUGGCGCUGAGCGGCUGUACGUCGCUGAAAGAUAUUACCCGCGAUCGCGUUAUCACUGAGAGCGACAUGAUCCGUCGAUGUAGGCUUUGA